CCCUGGGUCAUUUCUGUCCCUGGGAAGGGGCUCGGUUCGGGGACUUGUCUUUGGCUUCUAGUGAAGAUAUUCAGAGUCGUGGCAGAGAGCAGUCUGCAGCGUCUGGGGCAGGGGUCUCCGAGUCUGUCCCCCACCCUCAGCUCACUCAACAGGAUGGAACUGCAGGAUGCAAAGAUGAAUGGAGCCCUCCCUUCGGAUGCUGUGGACUACCGGCAGGAACGUGAGGGCUUCCUGCCCAGUCGUGGUCCUGCUCCUGGGAGCAAGCCGGUCCAGUUCAUGGAUUUCGAGGGGAAGACGUCAUUUGGAAUGUCAGUGUUCAACCUCAGCAAUGCCAUCAUGGGCAGCGGCAUCCUGGGGCUGGCCUAUGCCAUGGCCCACACGGGAGUCAUCUUCUUCCUGGCCCUGCUGCUGUGCAUUGCGCUUCUGUCGUCCUACUCCAUCCACCUCCUGCUGACCUGUGCUGGUAUUGUAGGCAUCCGAGCCUAUGAGCAGCUGGGACAGAGGGCAUUCGGGCCUGCGGGGAAGGUAGUGGUGGCCGCAGUCAUCUGUCUGCACAAUGUUGGGGCCAUGUCCAGUUACCUGUUCAUCAUCAAAUCUGAGCUCCCCCUGGUUAUCGGCACCUUCCUGUACAUGGACCCCGAGGGGUGAGUGAGCAACACCCCUUGGCUGGCCAGCAGCUCCUUGACUCUGCCUGCGAGGCCCGGUCGGUAUCUUCAGCGCUGUUUGUGCAGCUGACUUCCAGGUGUUCUAGUUUGAGACUGCUGGGCAGGUCACUUGGGUCAGCCUGAUUCCUCUGCGUGACUGUCGCUUUGAUCACAGAAGUCCAGUCGACCGUGUGCUGAUUUUGUGACUUAUUCUGGCUACCUCUGGCUGGAGGCUGACUCUUUACGUCCGAUUUACUCUGCUGCUGACCAUGUGUGUGUGAAUGUACAUAGCCAAUGGACUCAGACUCUGCCUGUGGGUUUGACUCUGUCUGCCGGCCUGGCUGAUUCUCUCGGGCUGGCUUUAUGAUUGACUACAGCUGUGUCCGGUAUACUGUGAUUCCAACCAUAUGUGUCUGACCCUCGAUCACUCUGACUUCCCCUGUCCAGCUGAUUGUUUGAGCUUGAUUCUGGGUUCAUCUGGCUGAAUCUGUCUAGCUGUAGGCGUAUGAUCGCUGACUCCAGCAGUGUGUCUGUGUGCAUAUAGUAUGCUGUGGUACCAACUAUGUAUGACUCACUCUGACUGUAUGUGUCAAGCCAACUCCAUCUCCGUGUUUCAUUUGGUGGCUGUUCUGGUAAAUUCUCUCUGGUGUGUGUGUGUGUGUGUGUGAUCCCUGACUGUGACUAUGUGUCCUCUGUAUUAUGGUUGCAACCAUAUAUGCUGGACUGUUCUGAUUAUGCAUCUGGCUGACUGUGUGUGAGUCUGGAUCUGCUGUGCUGGCUCGGUAUGUGUGGGGGGCAUGUGCACGAUGGGACUCCAGCAGGGCUAUUGUGUAUGUACAAUGUGUUGCAGUGCUUGUGCUCCAGCUGCACAUGUGGAGCUGCCUCUGUGUGUUUCAUGAACAGCUCUGUGUGUCCAGUGGCUAACUCUGCCUCUGGUCCCAUGGGCUUUGCAUGGUGUGUAGAUGUCUCUGGUUUUGUCAGUCUGACUCUGGUCUGUAUGACAUUUUUUUUUUGGAUGGAGUCUCGCUCUGUCGCCCAGGCUGGAGUGCAGUGGCAUGAUCUUGGCUCACUGUAACCUCUGCCUCCCAGG